UGCUUUGCGAAACUAAUUCGUCAUGGGUAUUUGCACAUCUUGCUGUAAACAAUCUUCGUCGUACGAAGAUCUGACACCCGAUCCGGAGGUGCGCCGUCGCCAGCAGGUUGAGGCUGCCGAGAAGCGAAUAGUUGAACAUGAGUCACGAGGCAUAGGCAACGUCGACGCCGUUAAGAGACAGCAGCAGAGAGCUGCAGAAGUGGCCAAACGCCAGGCUGAAGCUGGUAGUGUUGAUCAACAGACUGGACUCAAAUGGCAAGUGAACUGAGGUACGGUGCAGCUGUUAUAAGGACCAGGUGAAGAUGUGCACGCUUUGCAGGCAUCACACAUACUGAAUUUUCAAUCACAUGUCUGAAUAACUACUUUACACAUUGUGAUAUACUUAUACAUAUAAUACAUAUUAUAUAUAUACAUACACAUAUACACUAAUAGAUAUAUCGAUUAUACAUACAUAUUUAAUAUAUUUAUAAUAUAACAGUGAAAAACUCUACUUAUUCUAAGAUUCGAUGACUUUACACAGUGCUGACAGUAUGAUUUUUCCACACUUUUUUCAUGUUGUACAUACAAUUUAUACAUAUGAAUUUAUUCAAUGUUACUCUAAAUACGUUUAAACGAUGGAAGUGAUCGCUAAAUUUGUGUAUAUAUUGUCGUAAGCAACGGAUUAGGUUUCAUUUUAAUGCCCAAUUAGGUACAUACACUCUGUUGUCGAUUUCAAUUCUUAUACUGUUCAAUUAAUACAAUAUUCAACUCUUA